UUUGUAAUUGUGCACCUCAUUCCUGGGGUUUCAUGUUUAUAAGGAAAAAGCUACUCUUCCUCCUACUCCAGGCCUGUAUAACUGUCUCAGCAACAUCAUCCCAGCUAACUCAGAUCUAGUUUGUCAUCUGUCAUAGUCUAGUCAUGCAUGCAGAGACCUGUAGAAACAUCCCUGUGAAACAUCUGAAAAACACCAACAAAAAUGCUUUAUUCAAACAACUGCAAUUAAAGGUUUCUGUAGCAUUUGUUUCUUGGGUAGCAGUGGAGUGGGGUGUGGGUCAUCCUGUGUCAGGGCAGUCCUGAGGAAGAACGAAAGGUGUUAUGUUGGUGUUCAUUCUGUGUUUUGUAUCUGAACUGGUCUGUAGAUGGAAGAGAAUCAAAGCAUAACAUUUGCAUGUGCUAGUCCAACAUAAAAUGUGUCCCAGCACAUGGAAACAGUGAUACCAGCUCACAUGCAGAUACUGAGUUUGCUGCUAUUUUCAAAUCUGCCAGGGAAAGAGGCAGUAGAAUUGGAGGUGGAAGGGAACAGCUGUACCUUAAACACCCCCAACACCCUUUGUAUUCUUUUAAACCGCUGUGUAACGCUUACACUGAAGUUACUGAACUGUUCUAGAUGUAUAAAAGCUAAAAUAGGAUUAAGGUAGAUGGCAGUUUAAAAAAGGAAAUUAAGCUGCUUGAUCUUUUCCAGAGUUCAGAAACCCAUGCUUUUGUGUGAGGCUGUAGUAAAAACAUUUAAUGCUUAACUUAGAAGAGAUCUCAGAUACCAGUAGUAAGCUCUGGAGUAUGGCUGAAUGACUUAAGGAGACUUGCAUGGAAUAAAUAAGAUUUGUUUUCUGUGACUGUCAUUAGGGUUGGCUGGAAAGGAUUAUCAUAGAUAACUCAAAGCAGAUGUUCUCCAGUAAACUUUAAAAUGAAUUAGUCUGUGUGCUAGUCAGUCUUCACAACAUGGGAAUAGCAUGGGAUAACUUGAAAUGCUGUAUAAAUUGUUCUUAGAAGAUUUGUGCAAGCUCCAAAAUGCAAGGUCCUGGGGUUGCUUCACAGAAGUUCAUGUUUUGGGGUGGUAGUGAUGGGUUACAGUGUAAGUAAAGGCAAAUAGAAACUAAAAUGAUGUUGCUGACUUAAGCAAUUGUGUUCUUUAACCAGUGUCCGAAGAGAGCAAGGUUGCCAGGCUUCCUUGUCCCACUCUGCUUUAUGUUACUCUGCCUGUCUGCUGUGUAGCCAGUAAACAUUUUUAAUAGCAGCUUAUGUUAAUAAACUGUCAUUUCUGAUGCUGGUUGAAGUAGGAUGAUGUCCUGGUAGGUUUUGUAAUGUCGGUCUCAUGUCAGUUCUGUGACGAUAUAUUAAUUGUUAAGCCAGUGGUGGAUGGUUUAAGGUAAAGAUCCUGGUGUGCAAUCCCGAUGUUCUGCUGUUAAUGAAAUAGGUGUCUUCACAUUGAGGAGAUAAUAUGUGAGGUGUUUUGGGGAGGUUGUCUUGUUUGCAUCAUAGUGUUUAACUAUACCACAAGAACUUGCAUAGUUUGUGUUAUUUUGAAAUAGGUGAGUAUGAUUUCUAUUAUAAGCUUCUCUUGAUGGCAGUUUGGGUAAAGCACUCCAAGAAAGCUACACAAAACUAGGGAGGAAGGGUGAAGUUGUUGAACCUGCCUGAACAUUUUUAUUAUGUUGCUUAUUUUAAAGAAUCAUACUUCUGCAGCUCAAAAUGAAGGGAAAAUGAGAGGUGCUUCUUGAAGUUAUCCUGAGUGUAAGCCUUCGUGCUCCUUGCAGUGCUUGCUUCAGUGCUACAGCAUGUUUUCAAUUGGUUACAAAUGUGUGAAGAAUCCAAAAUGGGUGUUUUAUAUUUUACCAGAAGUUGAGUGAUCAGCACAGACUCAGCGGUGUAAGGCUGCUUUCCCUCUCUUUAAUUGGCACCAUGUGUCCCUGAAAGGAGGGAAUGAAGUAACAGUCUAUCAGUCUUGGUAUAGAGCUGGUCCCUGGUAGGCAAUUCGGCAUUCAGGGGCAUCCAUAUCUGUGUGUUUGGGUUUAUUGAACAAAGGCGAAGCUGUUACUGCAAAUUCCCUCACCAAUUUCAUCUUUCUGUAGGUGUGUGUAUACAUGAGCGUAUCACUUUUCCCCCAUCUUGACCUUUGGAUAGAUUAAUGAUCCUUUUUUUGCAAUCAGUUUGUCAUUAGAUAAUGAAUUUUUGGGGAUUACCAGUAACUGCAAAAUAAUUGUACCAAUUAUUGGUCUGUGCAAUACAUAGAGCCUUUUUGCACCCUGGUAAUUCAUAGUCUAAAAUAUGUGUUGGGAAGGGAGAGUAUCAUGUUCUGCAAGUCUAAAAACGUUUGUCUGGAAACUCCCAGAAUUGAACAUUAGCUGUUACAAGUGCUCUGGUUCUAGAAACUGGGGGGAAAACCAAACAAACCCUGGUGUUAUAUAUUACUUACUGUGGUGCUCAAUCACCCUUCCUAGGCACUGAGGGCAGUGCAAGGAUCGAAACAUGGAAGCAAGUUAGUGCACUGAAGUGAAAUAGUCAGAACUAAAAUAUGUCAAAAUACAUGCUAUUGCUGCUUUAAAGCUUAAGUGGAGGUUUACCAGACCUGACUGGAUGGUAUGGCUUUAAAUAUCUGCAGAGGCGUUGUAGCUCAGCGAAGAAAGAACCAUGACAAAUUCAUCUUUGGUCUGAAGUUGGUGUUACAAUCUGUAAGAGUUGUAAUUAUUCAAAGCCUAUAUGGAAUUUAAACAUAAGUUUGCUUGAUUUUUAGAUUUGCUUUUAUCAAAGUUUCAUUGCUGACAGCUUCACUUGGGUAUCUCCAACACCAAGCAGUCCUGCUGUGAUGGAAAAAAACAUUGUCAUGCACAAGAUUCUCUGAAAGGAGGAGACUUCAGCUCCUGGUUCUCCUGUUGUAUCGUAAUAGAAGGGUAGGACUGACUUGAAAAAGCUAAUUCUUUCAAACUUCCAGCCUUCUAAAAUUAAAGAAUCUUGCAGUGGAGUGUGUGGCUGGGAGGAUAGUGCAGAGCUACCUGAUUGUGCUCCUGGUUAGACUUUAGGGUAACGUGAGGUCCCUGCAGAGGUUCUUGCUGAGAGAUUUUUCUCAGAUGCAGUUUGUGUCCAGUUGUGUCAGAAAUGCAAUUAAGCAGUAAAUGAGACUGAUCUGAGAUUUCCUUUGCUUAUCUUUUAAAUUUAUCUACAAAAGUGAAUUAGAAAUUCCAGUUUUCAGUGCUUUUAUCAUCAGGUAAUAGAAAUACGGAUCCCUGUGUAGUCUGGGGUUUCUCAGAGAAAUUAUUAAAAUCACACUUCUGCUUAAUAUCUACAGAUUGUGGCAACUGCUUCUGUGUGGAGCUUACUCGUGCAUACAGAAAUUUUGUGGUAAAGCCUAUCAGAAGAUCUGAUACAUGCUUUGCUAAUGUAAUGUGAAUUUCUGCAGUUGCUCCUCACCAUCUUACAGGUCAGGAAAUAAGAUUCUGGAAUGAUGGAGGAGUUUUUGAGCUUCGUUCAGGAGCCGUGGCUGUAUCCCAGCCCUGGUCCGUCUGGUGCUGGGCAAUGGUCUGAGGACACCUACUGGGCAUGGCGCUGGCUUCGUCUCCACUUGGACACUUGGAGGAGCUUGUACCUUGGGUUUUCAGACAGGAAGCAUCAGUAUUUUGAACAGAAUUGUUGAAUGAUGACUUGUGUAAUUCUAAACCAGUGCCUGAGGGAAUAAAUGCAAGAUUUCUGAUUUGACUCAUUGUUUUUCGUGGUCCACUUGCAUGUAUGUUUCCAGUUAGGCUGUGGGACAAUUAACAGAUACUUUGGCUAGGGGUCUCAGAACUUUGCUAGUAAGUCACGCUGGUGUUAUUGCUAAUAUUUCCUUUAGUUUUACAUAGAAUGGCUUGGAUUGGAAGGGACCUUAAAGAUUAUCUAUUUCCAACCCCCUGCCAUGAGCAGGGGCACCUUCCCCUAGCCCAGGUUGCUCCAAGCCCCAACCAGCCUGGCCCUGGAUGCUUCUAUGGAUCGAGCAUCCGCAGCUGCUCUGUGGCAGUGCCUCGUCACCCUCACAGUAAAGCAUUUCUUUCUUAAACCUAAUCUAGAUCUCCCCUCUUUCAGUAUAAAGCCAUUCCCGCUUGUUCUGUCCCUACAUGCCCUUGCAAAAAGCCCCUCUCUAACUUCUCUGCAGGCCCCUUUAGGUACUGGGAGCUGCUUUAAGGCCUCGACAGAACCUCCUCCAGGCUGAACACCCCCAGCUCUCCCAGCCGGUCUGCACAGGAGUGUGUUUGUUACAGCUCCUGCAGUUUCCAACUAGAUCCAUAACAUGGUGGCAGUGCUGGAAGUGAUCUCCAGCCUGGAGAAAUAUCCCAUUACCAAAGAGGCACUUGAGGAAACAAGACUUGGGAGGCUUAUCAAUGAGGUGAGAAAGAAGACAUCCAAUGAGGAACUUGCCAAACGUGCCAAGAAAUUGUUGCGGAAUUGGCAAAAGUUGAUAGAACCUGUAACCCAGAGUGAACCAGUGCCAAGAGGGUUGCCGAAUCCACCUGGAUCAGCAAAUGGUGGUGCUCACAACUGCAAACCAGAAGCGCAACUUCCUGCUGUGGCUGGAUCAAAGCCAAUCAGUGAAUUGAAAAGCAGGAAUGAUAUACAGAAACUAAAUUCUCCAAAACCAGAGAAAUUGGGAAAUCGGAAAAGGAAAGGUGAACACAGGGACAGGCAUCAGGGCCCUCCUCCCCCAAAUGUCUCCAAAGCUAGUCUUGAAGUAUUACAAAACUCUUCACCCCCUCCGACAAAUGGAAUUGGAGGUAGUCCUGAAAAUUUUCCUAGUCCUGUGGACGUAAAUCUACAUGCAGGGCCUGAAAGCAGCAGGACGGAACUCAGUGAAAAUGAUAAACACAGUAAGAUCCCAGUAAAUGCUGUAAAACCUCACACCAGUUCUCCAGGACUUGUAAAACCUUCAAGCACUUCCUCGUUAUUAAAGACUGCAGUGCUUCAGCAGCAUGAUAAAUCGGAAGAAACUACAGGACCACACCAACCUAAGAGUCCUCGCUGUUCCUCAUUUAGCCCUAGAAGCAUUAGGCAUGAUACUUUUGCUCGGCAGCAUACUACGUACUCACCAAAGGAUUCAAUGCCUAGUCCAUCUCAAAGGUCUCAGUUCUUAGAUACUGCACAGGUGCCAUCACCGCCACCAUCCUUGAUGCAACCAUCAACACCUCCGAUGCCAGCAAAAAGACUGGAGUUCACUCAGCAAUCAGUAACUGAGGUAUCUCAGCACUGGCAGGAGCAGCAGGUACCUUCUGAAAGCCAGCAGAGGCAUACAGCAGGGACACUUCAACAGCACACAUCUCCCAGCUGCAAAACCAGCUCCCACCCAGGGGAAUCUCUCAUGCCACACAUGGGCUUUUCACAAGACACUUCAAAAAUGGACAGUGAUGAUGCUGCUUCAGGUUCUGAUAGUAAAAAGAAGAAAAGGUACCGACCCAGAGACUAUACAGUCAGCUUGGAUGGGCACGUGACAGAAGGGGGUGUGAAACCUGUGAGAUUAAAAGAGAGAAAACUCACUUUUGAUCCCAUGACAGGACAGAUAAAACCUUUAAUACAGAAAGAUCCUUUGCAGGUGGAAAUCCCUGCACUUCCUGAACAGCACAGGACAGAAAUGGAAAAGCAGGAGCAAAAACCCAACCUGCAAAGCCCUUUUGAACAAACGAACUGGAAAGAAUUAUCCAGAAAUGAAAUCAUUCAGUCGUAUUUAAACAGACAGAGUAGCUUGCUGUCUUCAUCAGGAGUACAGACUCCAGGAGCUCACUACUUCAUGUCUGAGUAUUUAAAGCAGGAGGAAAGCACUAGAAAAGAGGCUAGAAAGACUCAUGUUCUAGCUCCUAACAGCAAACCUACAGACUUGCCUGGGGUCACAAGAGAGGUCACAAGUGAUGACCUCGACAGAAUACGUGAACAUAACUGGCCAGGCGUGAACGGUUGUUAUGACACACAGGGUAACUGGUAUGAUUGGACACAGUGCAUAUCUUUAGAUCCACAUGGGGAUGAUGGUAGAUUGAACAUCCUGCCUUACGUCUGCCUAGACUGAGUACAGUUUUGCUAAAAAUGCUUUUUACAUCUGCAGUUAGCAAAAAUGGCAGACACUAUGCCACUUAAAGAUGGAGAAAGCCUCCUGUCCUGGACAAACAGGCCCAAUGAGCAGAGGGUGUGAGGGAGCUGGUUCUUUAUAGCUCUUUCCUUUAAAUUCUCCUUUUGUGAAAUGCUGCUACCAGUUUACUAACAAUUGCAAAGGAAGGCAUACGAAGGUUGAUAAAUUGAGUUCAAAACUCUGUAGCGAGCCAGCUAUAAAAAAGUGUUAGUCCCCAAGAAGUGAAGAGGAUUUCCAGCACUUUCUGAAUGCCGGAAUCUUAUUACAGGCAGGUACAGAGAAAAUUGUGGACAUUACCUUAACAAAAUAUGCAUCUAUUUAUUUGACUUGAUUUGGGUUUUUAUUUGGCAGUGAGAUAUUCGAGAGACAAUGUGCAAAAACUGUAGUUUUAUUUCUAUCACAUCUCUGAACAUGAUUGUGUUUUAUUUUUAAAGUCAUGUGGUACGGAGAUUGGGUUUUAAACAGCAGGUGUUGCACUGUAGGCUGGGAGACCAGCUUCAGCUCAACAUUCCAUAGGCAUCCACAUAUUUUAGUCUGGUUUCAGUUUAAAUCCAGUCUCUGAGAAAUGCUGCAAAAACUAGAUGUUUAACGAUAUUUUUGAUCCCACCACCACCAGCCAAAUAUUUUUCCUACUUUUCCCUUCCUGCAAACUUCUAGUUAAAAAAAAAAAAACAAAAAAAAAAAAAAACCACACACAAAAAAAAAAACCAAGCAAGAAAAAUCACCUUUUCUAGAAUCUAAAUGUAAUGAGGGUGCUACAAGUUUGUAACUGUACUGUGAGAGGGAAAAAGGAAGCCUGUUUGUAUGCUGGAAAUAUACUUGUUACCAUUCCUUUAGAUAUUGUUUGCCUUAUGGAUAUCCAUCAUAAACGCAAUUUGCAAAAACAAAGAGCCUUAGUGAAUGUACAGUAACUAGACUUCUGUGUUCUUGGGAUGCAGAAGGGAGCAACUUUGCUAUUUGGUCCUUUAAGUGGACACAUUGUGAUAUAAAUGUGGAAAUAAAAAAAAUUUGCACAAAACAGUUUGUGAAUUAUUUAUACUUAACUCAUUUUUUUUUUAAGUUUGCUCAAU